AAAACCUAAUACCUAAUUUUCAAACGUGAAAAUUUGUGUCUGAUAAAGAUAGGUAAAAUUUAAAUUAAUUUAACAUCAUGGCAUUUACUCCUAGAGCAUCUUAUUUGAUGAAUAAAUUCAGAGAACUGAGAAAACUUGGACAGGUUUCCGGUUUCAAAUACAUGUCUAAUUUUUCAAAAUAUGCUGAACAUAAACCAAUCGAAAAGAUUCGAAACAUAGGUAUAUCUGCCCACAUAGAUUCAGGAAAAACAACCCUUACUGAAAGAAUUUUGUUUUAUACUGGUAGAAUAGAAUCAAUGCAUGAAGUGAGGGGAAAAGAUAACGUUGGAGCGACAAUGGACUCAAUGGAACUAGAAAGACAAAGGGGUAUAACAAUUCAAUCUGCUGCAACAUAUACUAUAUGGAAAGACCACAAUAUCAAUAUAAUUGAUACACCAGGUCAUGUAGAUUUUACAGUAGAGGUAGAAAGAGCUCUAAGGGUAUUAGAUGGUGCAAUAUUAGUACUUUGUGCAGUGGGAGGCGUUCAGAGUCAGUCUCUUACUGUUAAUAGACAAAUGAAGAGAUAUAAUGUUCCAUGUCUGGCAUUUAUAAAUAAAUUGGAUAGAAUGGGAGCAAACCAUCUUCGUGUAUUAUCACAGAUGAGAUCCAAAUUAAACCAUAAUGCAGCCUUUGUUCAAUUACCAAUUGGACUUGAGAGUGAAUGUAAAGGAAUAAUAGAUCUUGUAGAGCAAAAAGCUAUUUACUUUGAAGGUAGUUUUGGUGAAGAAUUGAAAUAUGAUCAAAUUCCAAAAGAUAUGGUAGCAGAAAGUAAUGAACGAAAACAUGAACUCAUUGAACAUCUAUCCAAUGUGGAUGAACAACUCGGAGAACUUUAUCUAGAGGAAAAAGAAAUAACUGUAGCUGAUAUCAAAAAUGCCAUAAGAAGGACUUGUCUUAAAAGAAGUUUUACUCCAGUGUUUGUGGGCACAGCCUUGAAGAAUAAAGGUGUUCAGCCAUUGUUGGAUGGUGUACUUGAUUAUUUGCCCAACCCAGGGGAGGUAGAAAAUUUUGCUUUGAAGGAAGAAGAAGGUGAAGAAACAAAAAAACUCAUUCUUGAUCCAGCUAGAAACAAUUCCAACCCAUUUGUGUCUUUGGCAUUCAAACUAGAGGCUGGCAGAUUUGGGCAGUUGACAUACAUGAGGUGUUACCAAGGAAUGCUCAAAAAGGGUGAUACAAUCUUCAAUGCAAGAACUCAGAGAAAAGUUAGAAUAUCUAGAUUGGUGAGAUUGCACUCGAACACUAUGGAAGACGUAAAUGAAGUAUAUGCUGGUGACAUUUUCGCCUUAUUUGGAGUUGACUGUGCUAGUGGUGAUACAUUUGUUACGAAUUUGAAGGAUAAUAUUUCCCUAGAAUCAAUUUAUGUUCCUGAACCUGUUGUUUCUAUGUCAAUCAAUCCUAAAAAUAACAAGGACAGGGAUAAUUUCUCAAAAGCAAUUGCCAGAUUUACCAAAGAAGAUCCCACUUUUCAAUUUUGGUUUGAUAAUGACAAUAAAGAAACAAUUGUAUCUGGCAUGGGAGAACUUCAUCUGGAAAUAUAUGCUCAGAGAAUGGAAAGGGAAUAUAACUGCCCAGUAGUAUUAGGUAAACCGAAAGUAGCAUUCCGAGAAACACUGGUAUCACCAUGCGAAUUUGAUUACCUACACAAGAAGCAAUCAGGAGGACAAGGUCAAUUCGCCCGAGUUACAGGAGUGUUGGAGCCCCUUCCAGCACAAAGAAAUACUUUCUUAGAAUUUAUAGAUGAAACAGUUGGUACAAAUGUACCAAAACAGUUCGUUCCUGGUGUAAAGAGGGGAUUCUUAGCCAUGGCUGAAAAAGGUCUCUUAGCAGGACAAAAACUAUCAGGCUUAAAGUUCCGACUGAUAGAUGGUGCCCAUCAUAUUGUGGAUUCCAGUGAAUUGGCCUUCUUUUUAGCUGCUCAAGGGGCAGUUAAAGAAGUGUUUGAAAAUGGAGCUUGGCAAAUCUUAGAACCCAUUAUGUCUGUGGAAGUGAACGCCCCCAACGAAUUUCAAGGGAAUGUUAUUGCACAGCUAAACAAAAGGCACGGUAUCAUCACUGGUACAGAGGGUACAGAAGGUUGGUUUACAAUUCACGCUGAAGUUCCUCUAAAUGAAAUGUUUGGAUAUGCUGGAGAAUUGAGAUCUAGCACACAAGGCAAAGGAGAAUUCACGAUGGAAUAUUCAAGAUAUUCCCCUUGUAUGCCAGAUCUACAAGAAAAAUUGAUAAUGGAAUAUCAGAAAUCUAUGGGAAUUCUUCCUGAGAACGAGAAGAAAAAGAAGAAGAACUGAGAUGAUUGUGUAUGAAUAAAUUGUAAAUAUUAUUUAAUAAGUAUUGACUUUUUCAAGUGGGUUUUAUGUAAGAGUUUCAUAUGUAUUUUGCAAUACAUAGCUCUAACUUGACAUUGCAAGGCAACAUCAAAUGCAAAAAUAUUGUUUAUAUUCAAAAAAUUGUUGUUUUCCUAGAAUGCUAUAAAACAGAAACCUGUGAAUUAAACUGUAUUUUGAAAUUUUGAAUUUAUUCUGAAUUAUCUUCCAGAAAACUUCAGAUGAUGCCAUAAACACAAUUCUCUUAAUAUUACCUUUUUGAAAGGUCUAUCACAUACAAAAAUUUUGUUUAUAAUAUAAACUUUGUAAAUAGCGAUUUUAAUAAUAAAUAAUUAUUCUCAUGAAA